AUGAUUUAUGAGCAAUCAAUAAAAUUCGAAUUCCCAGUCUCUAACAACCAGGCAGAGUACGGAGCCUUGAUAGGGGGAUUGAAACUAGCUAAAGAGGUCGGCGCAUUAAGGAAUGAAGUCAAAAGUGAUUCUCAAAUCGUGACUUCUCAUGUCAACGGAGCUUACCAAGCCAGGAACUCCUUACUGCAAAAGUUCCUGGAGAAAGUGAAAAGUUUAUGUAAGGGUUUUGAAGAAGUAACAGUGCAACAUGUACCCAGGGAGAGAAAGGCCAGAGCCGACCUCCUGUCAAAGUUAGCAAGCAUGAAACUCAGCACAGGGAACCGAUCCCUGAUUCAAGGAUUAGUAAAGGAGACAUCAGUAACCCUGUGUGUGACCCAAGUCAUGAACUCGCCCUCAUGGAUGGAGCCAAUUCAUCGCUUUUUAGAAGGCGAGGAACUCCCUGAAGAUGAGAAGGAAGCUAAAGUGAUAAGGAGGGAAGCAAUCAAGUUUGGAAUUCUGGAGGUUGUGAUCUCGGAUAACAGGACGCAGUUUGCAGAUAAGAAAUUUCGUGAAUUCCUGUCCGGUCUGGGAAUCAAGCAGAAAUUCUCUUCGGUAGAACAUCCGCAGAGCAAUGGUCAGGUAGAGGCAGCCAACAAGAUCAUCUUCAAAGGAUUGAAAAAGCGACUCAACCAGAAAAAGGGCUCCUGGGCAGACGAGCUGGCUUUGGUCUUAUGGUCUUAUAGGACUACGCUGCAAUCGUCCACCGGGAAAAUGCCUUUCCGACUUACUUAUGAGGUCGAUGCAGUCAUUCCAGUAGAGAUUGGGGAGCCAAGCCCGAGGUUGCUCCUCGGCGCUAAAGAAGAAGCAGUCGAGAAAAACUUGAUCAAUAAGACGAGGGAGAUGAAACUUUUGUUGGAAAUUGCACUGAAGCAGAGAAUGGCACUCAGAUACAAUGGGAAAGUACUUAGCAGGAGUUUCGAGGAAGGCAACUUGGUCCUACGGCGUAACAAUAUCGGGACACCGACCCCAGGAGAAGGCAAGCUGACGACUAAUUGGACGCCUACAAGUUGGAGAGGUUGGAUGGAAGCGACAUCCCGAGGACAUGAAACAUAG